GAUUUACAAAAUUCUCAAAUGAGUUGUUUCUGUAUUCUUAUUUUGACACAUGUCUCACGACAAUUUAAAAACUAGGCCUAGGGGAAAUUUAGUGGAAUUCCUAUUUAUCACCACAUUUGACACUUAAAAGUUGGGUUAGAUUUUUGUUUAUUUGUGACAAGAAACGUCAUGUCAUACCCAAAAAAUAUCCGAUAAAUAACAACAAAUUAAUAAUUAACCAAAAUGAAUGGUCAAGUGAAAAGUAACCCGGAAUCCCAACUUCAGAUGGCUAUUAGUGUCCUUCUGGAGUCAAUAGCUGAUAAGAGCCAGAUUGUGAUUGAAACGGUCAAUAGUUCAAUACGAAAAUUAGCCGAGAAGCACCCAAACCAAGUCUUAAACUCAUCUUGUCACUUCUGCGAACGUACCCCGAAACCAACAAAUGAACACCUCUCUGCAAUUCUUUCAAUAAUGGAAAAAAUCUGCAUUGAACAUAUUGUUGCAAUAGAUGGUGACACAAUUCUUUUAAUGAUUGAUUUUUCUUUGCGCACCAUGAUAGAAAACCACAAUUACGAGCCAAUUGUCCAAAUGCCAGCUUCAAACGUUUUAGUGGCUUUAGGGAGAAAACACCACAUUCAGGUGAUGGAAAGUCUUCUUGGCAAAUUAGAAGUAGGGGUCAUACCACACUACAUGAUCCCACACACUUUAGGAGCCUUAGCAAAUGCAAACGCUUUUGGUGUUAUCCCCUAUCUUAAAAAUAUUCUUGCCAUUAUGUUGCCACUCUUAGGGGGGGUCAAAUUCGAUCCGUUAAAACAAGCGUUUUCUUAUGCUUUGGGUAGUUUUUGCGAGGCUUUGGUUGAAUACACCUCAAAUAUCGAUCAAGUGCCUGAUAACACUAUAACUGUAGAAAAUUUUCAAGUUGAAAUAGGCAUGGCCUAUGACAUUUUAUUCACUUCUUGGUUACAAUCUCGCGAACCCAAAGUCACAGCAAGUGUCCUUAAUGCUUUAUCUGCUAUUUUCCUUGUUUUAAGUGUAGAGAAAGUGACUCAACACACUCCCAGAAUCAUCCACACUCUCUUAAACUUGUACAAAAAGCAAAUAGAUGCUUAUAAUAUUACCAAUUGUUUGGGAGCAAUAAUACAGAAGGCUGCACGCGUCAAUGGGACAUUACUAGAGCCUCUUCUUACAAAUAUUUUACAAGUAUUAUCGGAGUUGGUGUGCGUUUCGCCCGAUUAUGCACAACCAGAUCUCUUGAGGAAUCACUCAGAAGUCUUGAGGUGUUAUGAAUGUUUUGCUCUCCAUUUUACCGACAAUACAGUAGACCAGCUUAUUAUGCAACUGAAAAACAAUAACGAAAAAGAGCGGAUUAAAGCGAUUUUAGUCAUUACACAUUUAACAUCGUAUUCAACCGAACACGCGAUUCAGAGGAGAUUCAAAGACAUUGUUAGACAUUUGAGCGAAAUGCUCAACGACCCAAACAUAAGGGUGAAGAAAGCUAUGAUGAAAAUAAUUGUCGCGUUUGCUUGUAAAGGAGUCCUCUUAAACAAAGAAAUCAACCCGGACGGUCCUGAGAAAUACAUGGAAUUUCUUCUGAAAUUGUGCUGCAAGCCAGUCAGUUUAAAAAAUAACGAAAUAGACAGCGGCGAAUUGUUUGAUAUACAAAAAUCAGCCGAUAACACUUUGUGCAUGUUGAGUACUUCUGUUCCUGAAUUGGAGUCAACUUUGUGGAGUCUCUUGAUGCAGUGUUUCCUCGGUCCGUCUUAUGACGACGCGGUUGUUGUUUUAUUGCGUUGUUUGACUCACUUAGCAUCGAGGAAAACAACACCGGAAGUGUGCGAUGGCGCUUUUAUCCGUUGUGUAACUUUAUUAGCCAUGCCUUUGCCCGGCUUUAGAGGCACUUUUUUGUUGAAUUUUCUCAAAAAUGUGCGACCUUGUGAUGUGGAUAGGUACAAGUCGGUUUGGGAUUUGAAAAUCCCUCAACUCAUCAAAUACUUAGAGCAGAAUUAUGAUAAUUUUAAUCAACUGGAAUGGCAAGAUUUGGUGUUUGAUUUUUUGAGUAUUUUGCUUGAGUCUAUAAAGGAUCAAAAGUUCAACGAGAUGCUUAUUUUAACGGCGCGGAAACAACUAGAAAUGUAUAAUAAUAACAGGUACAUGAGCAGCGGGGCUGAUCCUUCGGUCAAACAAACCGAAAAGUAUUUUCUUCUCAAGUGCCUGGCAAUGAUCCUGUGUCACUCGCAAGAGAAAGAAAUUAUUUUACAAACUUUGGACGAUAUUUUAGUAAAUGCGAAAUUGACCGACUACUCUGAGCUUAACGCUUGUGCUGAAGCUGUUGGUAUUUGUUCAAGAGUCCAUUUGCAGUAUGUUUUGGACAAACUCUCUUUGAUCAGAAAAGAUGUCUUACUUAAAAAAUCGUCGAAAUUUUUUUCGUUUCUCAAAGACCAGAAACACGAAUUGGGAAUUGAGAGGAUUAGAUACGUCAUAGUUUCGAGUUAUGCUGAGAUUUGUAACGAAGCUUCCACUGAUAAAUUACUGAAAGUUAUAGAGUCUGAAAUCCUCGACUUUGUUGUAAAUGAAUUAACAAAUGCUAAAGAUUUUUCUAUCCGAAAAGUUUGUUUGCGUGCAAUUGGAAGUGUGGCCGAUGCAAUGCACCCAAACCGGAAUUCACUUCACAUCCGAAUGCUUGAUAGAGAUAAGGUUUUGCAAUUAGUGUCGUCGCAGGUACAUCUACACAGUGGUCCCGAAUACAUCGAGUUGUUUCCGGUGAUAUUGCCCGUGAUUACGUCUCUGGUGCGACUCCCGCUACCACUUGAGUCUGACCAAAGGUUAAAAUUACUGAAACUCUGCUUUGACAAUGUUUACAACGCUUCCGCAAUUUAUUGUAAAAUAAAUACUGACAAUAAUGAUAGUUAUUAUGGGGAUUUGAAAUUAGUUCCGUUCGUCACGUCAAGUUUCACAAAGUUGAAUCAACUUGUCCAAGAGUUGUUAAUGCAGACUUUGUCGCCGGCGACGUUGGAUGAAAUUGUGACGUUGCUUGAACCUUGGUUGGGGCGAAGAAAGGCUGAACAAAGGCUUCCAGCGGUUGAAACUUUAAGACUGGUCCUUCAGACAUAUUUAGAUAAUAUGAAAUUUGCUUACGAUUGUCCAACAACGUUUGGCCAAACGGGGUCUCUUUUGGCGAAGAUUGUGCCAAGGUGUACCGACCCCAACAAAAAUAUUAGAAAGGUCGCAACUGAGUCUCUCUGUCUCGUCCUUUGUAUCGCAUCCAGAUACGAGGGUCACAUGCGAGACCACGACAAACAACUAAGCAAUUCAAUGCAACACAUCCAGCAACAGAUAGAUUCAGACGAUCCCAAACUCUUGUACAAUUUAACAACAGAUUUGGCUCACAUAAUUUGCGUCAACCUCCCCCACUUCCAACUCAUCCACCUUGUGGACGGCUUAACUGACGCUUUGCUCGACUGCGAAGCCUCAAGUUCCAAUGGUAGCAGUGUGGUCUUAAACAUGACACUUAAAAGCAAAGGUAGCGAACUCCAAGGCCACGUCAACACGAUUCUAGACAAAUUAAUAAUCCAACUGGGGAAAAUUCAGUGUACCAGAACACGUUCGUCGACUUUACGAAGCAUUCUCAAUUUUGCAACCCACCAUUCUAAAGCCGUGUGCCAAAUUCUGCUCAACCAACCCUUGCCUUUUGACGGUUCAAUUUGCGAUUGUUGGGCUGUUUUAUCAACUGAUCAAACCCUAGUUUUGGAUUUAUUCGAUAAUUUAAAGAAAGUCAUUAAACAAACACCGCUCUAUGAAGAGCAAGGAAACGGCGAGAUUAAAAUUGCGACUUUGCAAGCGUUGCAAGCCGUUUGCGCCUUUCACGAAUUGUUGAAGAACACACAAUUGAAAGACAUCUGCAGGCAGCACUUCCCUGAAAUAUUCUCAAUUCUUUUGGUGACUUUAGCCUCGUAUAUUGGCACCUCAGCGCCAGCUAUCAAAUUCAACAGCGACAAAAAGGAAAAAUACGGUUUCGUCUUAAACCGUGAGGCUUUCAAGCUAAAACCGGCAAAAAUCGCUUUAGAAACAUUGAAAUCAUUUUUGAUAUGUUGCGAUUACACGCAAACUGCGAGUUGUUUGAUUAAUUUGAUCAACGUGGAGGCUAAUGAAGAGUUGACGACGUUUCUGGAAACUAUGUCUUGUCUCGUUGAAGAUGUUUGUGUUGAGAAUCCUGAGUCGCUUUCGUGGCUUGUUGCGUGUUUGGGGCCGUAUAUUCGGGCCGAAUUAGAGCCUCAAAGAGUGGUCGUUGUGGCGUUUUUUGCCUAUUUAUUGAAACAGAAAGCCAAUCAUCAGACGGUUCUUGCUGAGAAUUUGCUUGAAAUGGUAUUGGAUGUCCAGAUGGAUUCGAGUUGUUUGGUUAGGAAGAUUGCGUUGCAGGCGUUGGGGUUUGCAGCGGAGGCUCUGAAUACGGAUUUGGUCUCGAGGCAUUGUUCGCCCAUUUUGAGUGUGUUGAUGAAUAGUCUCGAUUAUAACAGCAUAGGAAACGAAAGCGACGUCAUCCUUGAAGGAAUGCUGAGUUUUUCGAAACUGUUGACAACCCUCGAGGGUCGCAAAUUUGGUACUUGUCAGGUGACGGCUGCUGUGCGAAUCAAGCCGCUCCUCGACCAGGAAGACGUUUCACUUCGCAGAGCUUCUUUUCGUCUUUUGGGUGACUUGGCCGCCUCUUUGGGCCCCGAUGCCAAUGUCGAAGCUUUUAAAGAGCAAGUUCAAGGCAAUCUCAUUACACUUAUUUUGCACUUGUGCGAUCCCGAUGUUCACGUGAUCAAAACUUGCAAGUACACUUUACGCAAAGUGGCGAUCUAUUUGGAUAGUCCUAAAGUCAAUUCAAUGGUCCAGGAGCAUCUGAUCGACGAAGCGAAUUUGCAUUACGUGGAUUUUAUCAAAGAUUUGAUUAAAUUAAUGGGUGAGGAAAUGCAGGAUUUGUUUAAUUUGUUUGUAAUGACGAGUUUGUCGUAUUUGAAAAGUCCAUGGGUUCCAAUUAGGAGCAGCGCGGCACUUAUGGUAGGACUGUUAUUUUCACAAUUGAGUACCGAAAAUAAACAAAGGAUUUCGGUGGAUACGGUUUGUGAUAAGUUAAUGAGAUUGGUUAAUGAUGACCACGAGGAGGUGAGGAUGAGGGCUGUGCAGGCAAUCGCGUACUUAUUUAUUGAUUAAAAGUUUUACCCUCUCAGAUAUUGUAUUAUCAUUCCAUGUUAUUAUGGGUUUGCAGCCUCAGAGCCGGUGAACGAUUUACUCACUGUUUUAAAUUUUAUAAAAAAAUAACUGAAUCUUACCUGAAUACAGAAUCGAUCGUCUGACGGAUGGGAAACCUUGAGCCCCCUUGACUUGCAAGUUUUGACCUAACAUAAAUUUUUGCAGCUUAGCUUAUUAUUUCAGAUGAAAAAGUUAUUGAUUCUAAAAGAUAGAAGUUAUAAAAACUUAUUUACCUACUUAAAAAUAUUGACAUUUGUCAAAAAUGUCAUUGUCAGUUUUUUUUAUAGCAAUCAUGAUUUUUGAGCAUUUUUGAGUACCUACAAUAAUGACGUUUACACAAGGUUUUCUACCGAUUUUUAAGAAAAAACAAAUUCUCACUGUAACAUUAUUGUAUUGUAUUAGUUAUGUUCUGAACGAAAACUAAAUAGAUCAUAAUGGCAAUUAUCGCAUCUUAAAGUAAUUUGUUUGUUUGGAACUACUUAAAACGGUGUGUAAACGCAGUCAAUGUUUUACUCAUAAAUCAUUAUUGCUAAGGAAAAAUUGCCGUUUUUGCUAAAUGUCAAUUUUUUUUACUUAUUAUUAGUUAUUCAAGGGGGCUAAAAGUGCACAUUCCGUCGGUCUGCGGGUUCAGGUAAGAAUAAAGUUCAGCAGCUCUCAGUCCGUUAAUUGUGAUAUGUUUUAAAAUGUGUUAAUCAAAAACAAUAUAAUCGAGGCUUGU